UACUUGCAGAAAAUGGCAAUCAUCAUUCAGAAAACAUGGCGAGCAUUUCAAACCCGGAUGUAUUACAGAUUCAUGGUGCAGAGAGCAUAUUUUAUUAUGAAGAUGAAUUUCUACAAUGAAAUGGCUGUCAGGAUCCAGAAAAGGUGGCGUGGACAUUAUGUUCGAAAGUGUAUCCAUAAUUACUAUGAAAUGAAGAAUUACUUCAGAGGCCUCAGCAUGAAAAAUCAAAUUGUAAGAAAAGAACUGGAAGAAUAUGAACAGACAAAGAAGAAAGAACAGGAAAAGAAAGCCAUAGAAAAGGAAGAGAGGAGAAAGCGUUACCAAGCCCGAAAGAUGCAUUACCUCCUCAGCACUGAGCAGAUUCGAGGUAUUUACAACUCUCCAUACAGACAGUACCCAAGUGAGACUGAGUACAGAUUAAAACACAGUAGUCCACUGAGUCGCACUAUACUUCACAAAAAGGAUUUCACGGAAGGCCUUGUGGAUCCAUCAAUACCAGGUGUUCCAUGCGUCUUUCCUCCAUUACUACCACCCAUACACAGAAAAAAACCACAGGGUCCCUUCCGCGAUACUGUUGAAGUAUGGCAACAGCGCUACAAGCCUUUGGAGCCAUCCGUCCGGGUGGCAACAUCAAUCACAUCAGAGGAGGAGGCCAGGGAGGAGAUGAAAAGAGAAGAAUGGAGAAAUCGUAUACAUGACAUUAGAUUUCUGCCAUUUAACCAUCCAACCAUAUUUAAAACCUAUGAGCCACUCCUAAAUACUAGCACCAAAUAUGGUCCAAUCGCUUAUGGAACUAAGCAUUUCAGAGCAACAGAAGAUACACCAACCAUGAAUAAGGCGUUCAAAUCUGUUUUUACAUCCAUUUAUCUUUUUGAGAAGUUUCAAAAAACAUAUUCCAAAGCUGGAGAAGUGUUCUAAGAAACAUGGGGAAGCACAUCCUGCCACGAUGUGUUGAACAAGUCAGCUGAUUCUUUCCUUCAUGUGCACAAUAAAAAAAUCCCAUUGGAGUAAUGAGAAAAUUGUAACCUCCCACUUAUUGAUUACAUAUAAUGUAUAUUGCAGAAAAAGUACUAACCUAUUAAAAAAUAAACUGGCAAUGUCUCUGUGAUUGAAUACUAA